CCAUUAUUAUCUCCGGCCGGCCAUCCCCGCAGCCACAAUUUCCAUCUCCGGCCGGCGAAUAUUCCAAGAAAACUUGAAUUCUACCCCCCAGCGCCGCCUCUUCAAGAAGUUGGAAAAAAAUAUUGAUCAUCGGAGGAGAUGAUGAUGAUGAGAAAAGUGUGCGAUUUGGCUGAUGGGAUGAAGCCGGUGAUGAUGAUGAUCACGGUUAUGGUUGUGUACGGUGGGAUGAGUGUUUUCUACAAAGUGGCUUCAAAUGAUGGGAUGAGCUUGAGGGUUCUUAUUGCUUAUCGUUUCAUCUUUGCUGCUGCUUUUAUUGUCCCCAUUGCCCUCUACACCGAGAGAAAGAGCAGGCCUAAGCUGACGUGGACGAUUCUCUUACAAGCCUUUACUUGUGCAUUAUUUGGGGGUUCAAUGGCUCAAAAUUUGUUUGCAGAGAGCUUAGUCUUAACAUCAGUAACGUUUACCACUGCCAUCAUUAACCUCAUUCCGGCUUUUACCUUCAUCUUAGCCCUUCCGUUCGGAUUGGAGAAGUUGGGGCUGAGAAGUAGAGCAGGGCAGGCAAAGUUGAUGGGAACGCUAAUAGGGAUCGGAGGAGCAAUGGUCCUAACAUUCUAUAGAGGGAAGGAACUUAAAAUCCUCCCAACUCAAUCCCAACCGUUGAUAGACAAUAGAAGUGGACAUGUACAAACUGCACUAAUAUUGCACGACUCUCAUUCUCACAUUUUGGGUGUUUUACUAGCACUCGCCUGCGUUCUCUCCAACGCAAUUUCCUUAAUUAUUCAGGCUAAGAUGAGCGAGUUGUACCCUUGCCACUAUUCCAGCACGGCCUUGAUCACCAUCAUGGGGUCACUCCAAGCUGCAGGGUAUGCACUGUGUACAGAGAGGGAUUGGAGCCAGUGGAAACUAGGGUGGAACAUUAGACUCCUCAUAGUCGUUUAUGGGGGGGUGGUGGCGUCUGCAUUGGCGAUAUGUUUUAUGAUGUGCAGCGUGCGCAUGAGAGGCCCAUUAUUUGUGUCCGCAUUCAACCCCUUCAUGCUCGUCUGCGUCGCCAUUGCCAGCACAUUGUUCCUCAAAGAGAAGCUAUACUUGGGAUGUGUGAUUGGAGCGGUGGCCAUAAUCGUGGGGCUAUAUAUGGUGAUAUGGGGGAAGCAAAAGGAAAUGAAGGGAGUACCAUCCAAGUUAACGCCGUCAACAAGUUCCGGCGACUUCAAUGACGACGAAGAAGAAGAAGUUCCCAACGAGAAAGACGUUAACGUUGGCAACAACCUCGUUGCCGUUGCGCCCAAUUUGAUGAUGGUGUUGGGAGAAGAAGAAGUACUUGUUGAGGAGGAUGAGGGGAUGCGUAGAGGAGAUUUGAAUGUUUAGACUACUUUCUUGGUAGUAACCAAUGAAUAAUCAAUGAUCUAUUAAUCAACAAUUUGUUAAUACAAUAACGAACAAUGUUAAUUAGGUCAAAUAUACCACUAAUGAUGGUUUGUUACUGCAGUUAAUUACACUAUUAACUCA